AAUACAAUAUGGCGGAAUAAUUUAACAACAUCUGAACAUCGACUGCUGCACAUUCGGGUUUUAAAAAACUCAAUAUUUAUCGCUAGUUAACAAAUACAACUAUUUUACACAUAUUUCUAAAUUCAUAUGAUGUACUAGACCCCAGUGAUAUUCAACAUGUCUGCGAAACUUGGGCGACUGCCAUAUGAUGAGCCGCCUAUGUACCUGCAGCGGCCUUCAUCGGGACGCUCGCAGGAUGUCACCCACGUGCUGGCGCGGACCUUCCGAGACCUCUUCACCAGGGACUUUGUGGAGCAGGAGACGGUCCGGAAUCUCAACAAGUCCCGCAGCGGGGACGACACCUACCACGAGAAAUAUGUGGAAGAUCUGAGAAAGAUCCAAGCUGAGAGAGAAAGGCGAAUGGCCGAAGCACUGAUGCUGGAGAGGCACAUCAUGCAGGCCCGGGCACGCUCUAUGGCGGCCGACGAACGCAAACUGAACCAGGCAGCUGAGGGCUGCGACAUCUACCAUGACUUGGGCCUGCCUCCAGUGGAUCCCAAUCUGGAGACUUAUCUGGACAGUGACCUGCUGCGCAAGCACGGCCUGAUAGUACCAGAAGACUACUCAACGGCCGAACCGCCUCCCACCAAAGCACCAAAAGCGCAAAGAAAACCAAGAUAUGCCGAGGCCACUGAUGCGUCCACUGUCCGCGUCCACUACACGGAAGAUGAGUUCAACAUUCAGGAGGGAGGGGGCAAGGAAACGCCGGGAAGCCAAGCAGAUGUUAUGCAGUCCAACGGUUCCGGCAAGCCCUGGCAGGGCACCGCUUCCCCGCAGUCCAGAGAGCGCCACCGCACAGACCUGGCCCAGGUGCACAGCAAGACCGACUUCCUGCGCAACCCCCGCCACCGGCCCCCCUCCACCCUGGCCGGGGGCAAGACCCUAGUCAAACCCAACACGGUGGUGCACAAGCUGGGCGGGGCCAAGUCCACUGUUCUAGACACAGCCAAAAAAGAGCCCUCCGUUGUCUUCCUUGCCAACCCAUCGACCGUUGUAUUCACUGAUUACCAAGUCGGACGCGUCUACGAACUCCCGCUGGACUUGAAGAACGUCUCGGCUGCGAGUCGACCACUCCGAGUCGUCCCUCCAAAAUCCCAAUUCUUCUCCGUCGGGCUAGGCAAGUUUCCCGGUGAGCAAGGCAUCGUGGCCCCCGGUAUGAGCUGCCAGUACAGCAUCCGUUUCAUGCCAGACUCGUUGAUGGAUUUCAACGACACCAUCACGAUCCAGACCCAGUCCAGCCAGCCGCUGGUAGUCAAACUCCAGGGCAGGCGUCCACCUCCCAUUUUAUCCUUGUCAAAAGAUGUAGAAUGCGGACAUUGUCUAGUCGGCGGGAAACGUACUGUCCAGUUUCUGGUCAAGAACGUGGGAGGAAGCGGUCGCUUCUGUCUCAUGCCGCGGGAGAGCUGGCCCACGACAAACUUUAAGUCUGCUACCAAUAGCGACAGAGUCGACUUGGCACCGUUCAUCAUCCAGCCAGCAAUCUUUGAGCUACUCGCAGGCCACACCAUUCCACUACAGGUUACGUUCACUCCAACAUCGGUGAAACACUUCCGUCGCAAUCUUACGAUGAUUUGCGAUAACUGCACCGUCAAGCACUUCACAUUGAAAGGCGAGGGCCAAACGGCCGGUGUGGAGUUGGCCGAUGUCAGCGAGGGUGGGGAGAGCCUCCCCGCCCCAGGGGAGAUGUGCGACGCCACGGCCCAGCACCAGAUCCGAUUUGACCCCAUCAACCCUAUGACCUUCACCACCAAACAGCUGACCAUCAAGAACACAACGAAUGUGGAGCUGCCCUUCCACUGGGAAAUACUGAGGCCCCACUUUGAGUGUCCCGUCCAAGAAGAGGAAAGUGGGGAGGUUCUCGGUGGGGGCAUCAUUCAGCGGCUGAAGGACGAGACGAACACCUUCUGCAUCAACCCUGACAAAGGGGUGCUGCCACCUCAGGGGACGUGCAAGGCGACGGUGGCUUAUGCUCCCACGAAGAUUGGCCCCGCUCACAGUGUCCUCCACCUCAUCCUCAAGGAGGUCCCCAAGGACCGCCAGCUCUCGGCCGCCUCCUCAUCAGCGGCGAGCGAUGACGGCCGGGAGGAGGAGCUGACGCCAAACGGCCGCUCUGCUCAACGGAGCGGCGCAGUCCAGGUCUCGGACGUGGUGGGGUUGGAGGUGGAGCUGAAGGGGGAGUGCGAGGAGUUUUGCAUCACCGUGGAGCCUUACGCCAUCUUUGUGCCGGGCAAGCUCCUGGUGUCCACCACCAUCCGGAAACCUUUCCAGAUGACCAAUCACAGCAGGUUUCCCGCCCACUUUGCCUGGAGCAAUUACAGCGCGGGCCACAUCAUCGAGGUGGAGACUCCCCAGGGCACCAUCCCUCCAGAAUCCACGGUGGGCCUGGAGCUGGCCCUCUCGGGGGCACGUCCCGGCCCCAUCGACCACACCCUCCAGUGUCACAUCCAGCACCAGGAGAGCACGGUGCCGCUGCGUGUGGUGGCCCACAUCGUGGGGCCGCGGGUCGUGAUCGACACGCCCUCUGUUGACUUUGGGCUGGUGCGGCACGGGGACACCGCAGCUGCGGAGCUCCACCUCCGGAAUGCCUCCCAAGUCCCCGCCUCCUGGCGUCUGGAAGAGAGUGAAGAGUUCAUGCUGAGGGACCCGAAAACUGGAAAGACUGUCUCCGAGUUCACUUUGACACCCUCCAGUGGUGACCUGCCACCGCUCGGGUCAAAGGUCGUAAAGGUCACGUUCAAACCCGUGCAGUGCCGCCGGAUACAGGGUGUGUUUAAGUGUGCAGUUGCUGACGGGAACAACAGUUUUGUUGGAGUCCGUGCCGACGUGCAGCAUCCCCAGGCCUGCCUGCAGUCUAGUCACCUGACCAUGGACGAGGUCUACGUCGGUGUGCCAAUUACCAGGGAAGUGACCAUCGUCAACCAGACACUACUCCCUGCUGACUUCAACUGGCAAGAGCCUUUGGGGUCGCAGGCAGACAAGUGCCAAGUGACCUUUGACCCAAGCCAGGGCCGCCUUCAACCCAGGGAGAAUUUGAAAGUGGCAGUCACUUUCGUGGCCCAUGCUCAGGGCUUGCUUGACGACGUGAAGAUUCCAUGUUUUGUCGAGGGAAUGGCCAACCCACUCAUCCUAGGUUUAUUCACGGAUGUGAGGGGCCUUACGGUGACCUACGUGACCCUGAACCCUGAUCGGGAACACGGGGACGAGGAGCUGUUGUUGGACUAUGGCCACGACGUUGAGCUAGGCUCCACCCCUAGCCGUGUGGUCCGGGUCACAAACCACACUGCCAUCGCCGCACCCUUCCACAUCACCCUGGAACAUUUCGGAUCGGCCAAACCCCCGACACCACCAGACAAAGACAAGGAGUCCAAGGAUUCCUCAAAGAGGCGUGGUUUGCUGAAUCGUACGUCCAACCUGGCCGAUCCGCAGAGCCGCACGCCCUCUCAGAUUCAGACGGACUACGCCAAGGCCGUGCUGCGCGAUGACCGCGGCGCAGCAUUUGUGGUCUCCCCGGCAUCCGGUAUGCUUGAACCGUUCUCCGAGCUGGAGGUCCGAGUGACAGCAUUCAGCGACAUGUGGGGGCGCUACAUGGACAACCUCAUCUGCAAGGUGUCAGAUUUACCCCCGGUGGUCAUCCCUAUCACAAUGACGGUCACUGGAUGUCCACUCUGUUUCUCCAUGGCCACCCUCAAGGGUCAACUUCCCAUCGUCAGGUUUGGGACCCACGUGGCGGGCCUGCCCCCCGUCCACAGACCGCUGAAGAUCAGGAACAACAGCCCCUGCGGUAUUCGUCUGGACUGGCAAAUCUUCAACCUGGUGGAGAAUGACGCCCAACUCCUGGACCUCCUGGUCAACAUCGGAGAGCCCUUCCCCCUCCGAGAUGGGAAUGGUGAGGAGAUUGUACCCAGCCAACCAGAUAUGUCUGCCGUUGAGAUACCAAGGGGGGAGAAUGACGGGAGUCCGACGGUGACUACUCAACCGGGCCUGUUGCAGAAGGUCACUGAGGAGUUGGAGAGUGAAUGCCGGGGGUCAGAGAUCGAAGGUCAGCUGAUUAAGGUCGUCCUUCGAGAGCACGAAGGUGAACGGGCCGAGGGUGGGCCAUUCACUGUCAGCGAUAAACAAAUGGUCAUUCCAGCCCGAGGCAGCAUCCAGAUGACAGCCUCCUUCGACCCCCAGACGGACUCCCUGACCCUGCGGGGUGCCGACUGGAUCGGCUACGGCCUGGGCUUCAUGAGUUUGGACAGCGAGGGCACCAGACGGGUCCCGGGGAAAGUGUCGCGAGGGCAGGCUUACGAGAUGACCCCGCUGCGGCUGGAUUUCACAGCCUACCUCAAGCCCGCUCUGUUGACGGUUGAGACAACCGACGAUGAAGGCAUGCGCUACCACACGGCAGCGAGCGAUCUCCUUGACCUGGCCAACCGGGCCGAGUUUCGGUCCCCUUACACCAAGAGCCAGGCAGCCAACUUGACCAACGCCACCCAGACUCCACUGGCCUUCCGGCUGCUCACCCCGAAGCCGUUUGAGCUUCUCAGGACCGAGCCCGGAUCGGGCCAGUCGCGCGGCGGAUCGGCCGUCCCCAUCCAGAACCAGUCGGCCGUGUCGAGCGGAGAGCAGAUGCUGGGCCUGCCGCCACAGAAGAAUCUCCAGAUAAAUGUUGCCUUCCACCUUACGACCGAUCUCCUGGAGAUGUGUCUGAGUAAGCUGCAAGUUGGCCAGGAGUACUUCGGGGUUCAGCUGAUGAAACACGAGGAGGAACGCCGACUGAUCAUCAAGCAAGACCUGGUGAUACAGUACAGCAAUAAUGCUGUCCAGAAACUGCCCUUGUAUGCGAUGGUCAUUAUACCGUCCAUCCGAGUCACCCCAUCCUACCUGGACUUUGGCACGUGUCUGGUGUCGCAGCAGCGGGAGCUGGAAGUGACCAUCAGCAAUCCGACGGGCUCGGCCAGCUUCUGGACGGUCGUUUCUGAUCCCCAGCAGCAAGCAGAGGAAUUGUUCCGCGUCGUGCCAUCAUCCGGCUUUCUAGAAGCGCACGUCACCCACGUCUCUCACAGCAAAAUGAUCCUCAAAGUUCACUUCACCGCCAGGCACAACGUGGCUUACAGGGGGAAGUUUAUCUUCCAUGGCAUGCUGGGGGAAACACCUCAGGAGCUAGAGGUCAGAGGUCAAGGGUCGUAUGACAGCCGCCACGAAGCCUUGGUCGACGUGUGACCACGUGUGAUUGUUUAAUUUCCUUGAAGGGGAUGGACACCAUGCAAAUAUUCAAAAAUGAAACCGUCAAAAAAUUGUGAAUUAUCCGUCUUGAUUGUGAGUAAAUGACAGGAUCAAGCAUCUUGCGCCUUGUAUGCUGUCAUGUUUUCACGAAAAGAGGAAUUACCAUUAUUUUCUUACGAUGUUUAGGACCAACCGUUACACUUUGAAUGGAAACCUGUUUUUUGUUUCAAGAAAAAUGAAGAUGCAUUUCACACUUUUUCUCUGUAAGUAUAUCUACUGAGCUGAAAGUUCGACAGGUUAGUUUUUCAAUAAGCUGCUUCAGAUUUAUUGUACUGUUCCUUACAUUGGCAAACAUACAUUUCUUUUGCAAAUGGUGUCCAUUAAGAGAGAAGGUUCUUGAUGGGGUACAAAAUGGCUUCAACAAUACGAUCACAAAACUUUCAGACCAAUAUGUAGAAAGCUGGUGAGAAGUUUCUAAUUCAAAUAAUCGAGAACAACUUUCUGUAUUACGUUUCAUUAUAUGUUUGGAGUUCAUCACAGAUCUACAUCUGAUUCUACAUAUUUUAAAAACUUUUACUUCAUUUCUCGUGAUGCUUGUAAAGAAUUUGCAUAAACUUUCACAAUUAUAUCCAGAAUAUA